AAAAAAAAACUUUAUAAAAUAUUGUGUGUUAAAUUUUUUUUAAUUUCUUCUAUUUUGGGUAUCUUGAAAAUACUAUGUAGUAUUGGUUCUUACCUUAGCCCUGAUUCACUGCAUUAACAUGACUUCGAGUGGUACCAUAGCUCCCUCACUGGCCGCCAGUCCCAUUGUCUUUGCCCGCAAUCUGUUUCGGGCAAUCAACGUCGAGUCUCCCAUGGUGAAUAUGGUGAUAUCACCGGCAGCGGCUCGUAGUGCCAUGACAUUGGUUUUUAUGGCUGCCAGCGGUAAGAGUGCCGAUGAAUUGCGUUCAGUGAUUAUAUUGGGAGUGGACAUUAAGGAGGACAUAGCCAAGCGUAAUGCAGAUUUCUGGAGCAAAGAAUGCGUUUGUUCGGACCAUGGUGUGGGCUUACGUCUUGCCACUCGGAUUUAUGUUAAGGAUGAUCAAAAAUUACGCCCCGAAUUCAAUUUGCAAGCUGUUGAAUUCUUCAAUGCCCAAGCCGAUGCAUUGAAUUUCACCAACAAUAUCGAAUCGAUGAAAGAGGUCAAUAAAUGGUUGGAGAAGCAAACAUUUCAUACAGUACGAAAUUUACUAACACCAGUGGCCUUCAAUCCAGAAACGAGUGUUAUUUUGGUCAAUUCAUUAUACUUUCGAGCCAAGUGGUCAAAACGUUUUCCCAUGCAACGCACUGUUACCGAUGAUUUCUGGAUAAAUUCCAAACAACGCAUGGAAAUCCCAAUGAUGCGCCAAGUUGGUCAUUUUCGUUAUGGUGAAUCGAGAAAAUUGAGAUCGAAAAUAUUGCAAUUACCAUUCGAUGAAUCGGACAUAAGUAUGUUGAUUAUUUUACCCACCGAUGUAAAUGGUCUGGCCGAUUUGGAGGCAAAGCUGGAGUAUAUUGAUUUGAAUGAGGUGGCAACCAAAAGUCUAUUGCAUGAUGUUGAUGUACAAAUACCAAAAUUUCAAAUCGAAUGUGAUGUGGAUCUCAAAGUGCCACUACAAAAGAUGGGCGUAACGCGCAUUUUUGAACCCAAUCGUGCUGAUUUAACUGGUCUUUUCGCCAAGCAAUCGAAUCAAGUGAUUUCGGAGGCACGUCAUAAAAUUAAUUUGGGUUUCAAUGAGAAUGGAUGUGAAGUAGAUAUAGAAAAUAAACCCGGUCCCACUGUUCCAAUUGUACCAGAUGCGGAGAGAAAGAUCUUUAGAGCAAAUCGUCCAUUUAUAUUUGCUAUACGAAAUAAUCAAACCGUUUACUUUGUUGGUCAUUUCAUUAAACCCUAAUCAACAAUGCCAAGAGGCAAAUUGUAAAUUGUAAA